UCCAGGCCGGUCCGUGGAGCGAACGGUGGAGAGCAUCUCCCGCGAGGUCUCGGGUGCCCACAGCUCUGCAGCCACACUGGCGCCAUGAGAGCUCCGACCACCCCCACCGCCCGCUGCUCCGGACGCGUCCUGCCGAUGUGUUGGAGGGGCUUUCUGCCACUUGCCCUGGCUCUUUUGAUGGGGCCGGGUCAUGCCCAGAGGGACUCCGUGGGGAGAUAUGAACCAGCUAGCAGGGAUGCGAAUCGGCUGUGGCGCCCCGUGGGCAGUCACCCGGCAGCGGCUGCAGCCAAGGUGUACAGUCUAUUCCGGGAGCCUGAUGCGCCCGUCUCCGGUUUGUCGCCCUCGGAGUGGAACCAGCCGGGCCAGCGGAGCCCCAGGAGGCCCGCCGAGGCUGAGGCCGAGGCCAGGAGGCCAUCCCGUGCCCAACAGCUGCGUCGAGUCCAGCCACCUGUCCAGACCCGAAGAAGCAGUCCCCGGGGCCAGCAGCAUCCAGCAACCCGGGCCGCGCCUUCUAUCGCGCGCCCGGUGACCCCGCAGCGACCCGCGGCGGCACGGCAGGGGCGGCUCACCGGGAGAAAUGUCUGCGGGGGACAGUGCUGCCCAGGAUGGACGACCUCAAACAGCACCAACCACUGCAUCAAACCUGUGUGCCAGCCUCCCUGUCAGAACCGGGGCUCCUGCAGCAGGCCCCAGCUCUGUGUCUGCCGGUCUGGCUUCCGCGGGGCACGCUGUGAAGAAGUCAUCCCUGAGGAGGAAUUUGACCCCCAGAAUGCCAGGCCUGUGCCGAGACGCUCAGUGGCGGGGGCACCCAGCCCUCACAGGAACAGCGAAGCCAGAGGAAGUCUUGUGACCAGAAUACAGCUGCCGGCACCACCACCACCAGCCAGGACCCUGAAUGGCCUCAGCCAGACCCGCCCCUUACAGCAGCACACAGGGCUGUCCAGGACCGUUCGGCGUUACCCGGCCGCUGGUGCCAAUGGCCAGCUGACUUCCAACGCCUUGCCUUCGGGACCAGGACUUGAGCUGAGAGAUGGCACCCAGCCAGCAUCACAUGUGAACCACCUCUCACCCCCUUGGGGGCUGAACCUCACGGAGAAAAUCAAGAAGAUCAAGGUCGUCUUCACCCCUACCAUCUGCAAGCAGACCUGUGCCCGUGGUCGCUGUGCCAACAGCUGCGAGAAGGGUGACACCACCACCCUGUACAGCCAGGGUGGCCAUGGGCAUGACCCCAAGUCUGGCUUCCGUAUCUAUUUCUGCCAGAUCCCCUGCCUGAAUGGAGGGCGCUGCAUUGGCCGGGAUGAGUGCUGGUGUCCAGCCAACUCCACAGGGAAGUUCUGCCAUCUGCCUGUCCCACAGCCAGACAGGGAGCCUCCAGGGAGAGGUCCCCACCACAGAGCCCUGCUGGAAGGGCCCUUGAAGCAAUCCACCUUCAUGCUGCCUCUCUCCAACCAGCUCGCCUCUGUGAACCCCUCGUUGGUGAAGGUGCAUAUUCACCACCCGCCUGAGGCCUCUGUGCAGAUCCACCAGGUGGCCCGGGUCCGGGGUGAGGUGGAUCCCGUGCUGGAUGAGAACAGUGUGGAGACCAGAGCUUCUCAUCGGCCCCCUGGCAGCCCAAGCCACAGCCACUGGGCCGGUAACAGCAUACCUGCUCAGGCUGGAGAGGCCCCUCGGCCACCACCCCCAGUGCUGUCCAGGCGGCAGGGACUUCUGGGCCGGUGUUACCUGAGCACAGUGAAUGGACAGUGUGCGAACCCCCUGGUGGAUCUGACUUCUCAGGAGGACUGCUGUGGCAGUGUGGGGACCUUCUGGGGGGUGGCCUCAUGUGCUCCAUGCCCACCCAGACCAGCCUUCCCAGUAAUAGAAAAUGGCCAGCUGGAGUGUCCCAAAGGGUACAAGAGACUGAACCUCAGCCACUGCCAAGAUAUCAAUGAGUGCCUGACCCUGGGCCUGUGCAAGGACUCGGAGUGCGUGAACACCAGGGGUAGCUACCUGUGUACCUGCAGGCCUGGCCUGAUGCUGGAUCCAUCGAGGAGCCGCUGUGUAUCGGACAAAGCAGUCUCCAUGCAGCAGGGACUAUGCUACCGGUCACUGGGGUCUGACACCUGCACCCUGCCUUUGAUACAACGGAUCACCAAGCAGAUAUGUUGCUGUAGCCGUGUGGGCAAAGCCUGGGGCAGCAAGUGUGAAAAGUGCCCCCUGCCUGGCACAGAGGCCUUCAGGGAGAUCUGCCCUGCUGGCCAUGGUUAUACCUACUCAAGCUCAGACAUCCGUCUGUCCAUGAGGAAAGCGGAGGAAGAGGAACUGGCUAGCCCCUUAAGGGAACACACACAGAAGAUCAGUGGACCUCUGCCUGGGGCAGCAGAGAGGCAACCACUCCGGGCAGUCACUGACUCCUGGACUGAGACUGAGACUCUCCCUGACAAAGGUGACUCUCGGGCUACUCAGAUCACAACCAGUGUUCCCCACCUACCUGCCCGGAUACCAGGGGAUGCCACCAGAAGACCGACACCAUCGUUGCCUGAACAGGGCAUUCCAGAGAGUCCAGAGGAAGAGAAAGUGAUUCCCUCCAGUGAUGUCCCGGUGACACAGAGUCCCCCAGGCUUUGAUCCAUGUUUUGCUGGGGCCUCCAACAUCUGUGGUCCUGGGACCUGUGUGAACCUCCCGGAUGGAUACAGAUGUAUCUGCAACCCUGGCUACCGGCUCCACCCCAGCCAGGACUACUGCACCGAUGACAACGAGUGUCUGAGGAACCCCUGCUCAGGAAGAGGACGCUGUGUCAACAGUGUGGGCUCCUACUCCUGCCUUUGCUACCCCGGCUACUCACUAGCCAUCCUGGGAGACACACAGGAGUGCCAAGACAUAGACGAGUGCGAGCAGUCCGGGGUGUGCAUUGGUGGGCGAUGCAGCAACACGGAAGGUUCAUACCUCUGUGAAUGCGAUCGGGGCUACGUCACGGUCAGACAAGGACACUGCCAAGAUAUCAAUGAAUGCCGUCACCCUGGUACCUGCCCUGAUGGGAGAUGCGUCAACUCCCCUGGCUCCUACACUUGUCUGGCCUGUGAGGAGGGCUACAUAGGUCAGAGUGGGAGCUGUGUAGAUGUGAAUGAGUGUCUGACCCCUGGGAUCUGUGCCCAUGGAAGCUGCAUCAACGUGGAAGGCUCCUUUAGAUGCUCUUGUGAGCCGGGCUACGAGGUCACGCCGGACAAAAAGGGCUGCCGAGAUGUGGAUGAGUGCACCAGCCGAGCCUCAUGCCCCACCGGCCUCUGCCUCAACACUGAGGGCUCCUUCACCUGUUCAGCCUGCCAGAGUGGGUACUGGGUGAAUGAAGAUGGUACUGCCUGUGAAGACCUGGAUGAAUGUGCCUUCCCUGGAGUCUGCCCCACAGGGGUCUGCACCAACACUGUGGGCUCCUUCUUCUGCAAGGACUGUGAUAAAGGCUACCGGCCCAGUCCCCUGGGCAACACCUGUGAAGAUGUGGAUGAGUGUGAGGGUCCCCAGAACAGCUGCCUUGGAGGCGAGUGCAAGAACACAGAAGGUUCCUACCAAUGCCUCUGUCCCCAGGGCUUCCAGCUGGCCAAUGGCACCACGUGUGAGGACAUGGACGAGUGUGCUGGGGAGGAGGAGCACUGUGCUCCUCAUGGCGAGUGCCUCAACAGCCAGGGGUCCUUCUUCUGCCUCUGUGCACCCGGCUUUGUCAGUGCUGAGGGGGGCACCAGAUGCCAGGAUGUUGAUGAGUGUGCAGCCACAGACCCAUGUCCACGAGGGCAUUGUGUCAACACAGAGGGCUCCUUCAACUGUCUGUGUGAUCCUGGCUUCCAGCCCUCCCCAGACAGUGGACAGUGUGUGGAUAUUGAUGAGUGUGAGGAUGAGGAAGACCCAGUGUGUGGAGCCUGGAGGUGUGAGAACAGCCCUGGUUCCUACCGCUGUGUCCUGGGCUGCCAGCCUGGCUUCUACAUGGCCCCAACUGGAGACUGCAUUGACAUAGACGAAUGCGCCAACGACACUGUGUGUGGGAGCCACGGCUUCUGUGACAAUACGGAUGGCUCCUUCCGCUGCCUCUGUGACCAGGGCUUCGAGACCUCACCCUCAGGCUGGGAAUGUGUUGACGUGAACGAGUGUGAGCUCAUGCUGGCAGUGUGUGGGGCUGCACUCUGUGAGAACGUGGAAGGCUCCUUCCUGUGCCUGUGUGCCAGUGACCUCGAGGAGUAUGACGCACAAGAAGGACACUGCCGUCCUCGGGUGGCUGGAGCUCAGAGAAUCCCCGAGGUCCCAACAGGGGACCCGGCUCCAGGCCUCACCCGCAUGGAAUGCUACUCUGAGCACAAUGGUGGUCCUCCCUGCUCUAGCGUCCUGGGCCGGAACUCCACCCAGGCUGAAUGCUGCUGUACUCAGGGUACCAGAUGGGGGAAAGCCUGUGACCCUUGCCCAUCUGAGGACUCAGUUGAAUUCGGUGAGCUCUGCCCCAGCGGUCAAGGCUACAUCCCUGUGGAAGGAGCCUGGACAUUUGGACAAACCAUGUACACAGAUGCCGAUGAGUGCGUACUGUUCGGACCUGCUCUCUGCCAGAACGGCCGAUGCCUCAACACAGUGCCGGGCUACAUUUGCCUGUGCAAUCCUGGCUACCACUACGACGCCUCCAGCAGGAAGUGCCAGGAUCACAACGAAUGCCAGGACUUGGCCUGUGAGAAUGGAGAGUGUGUGAACACAGAGGGCUCCUUCCACUGCUUCUGCAGUCCCCCGCUCAUCCUCGACCUUAGUGGGCAACGCUGUGUGAACAGUACCAGCAGCACAGAGGACUUCCCUGACCAUGACAUCCACAUGGACAUCUGCUGGAAAAAAGUCACCAACGACGUGUGCAGCCAACCCUUGCGCGGGCACCAUACUACCUACACAGAAUGCUGCUGCCAGGAUGGCGAGGCGUGGAGCCAGCAGUGUGCUCUGUGCCCUCCCAGGAGCUCUGAAGUCUAUGCUCAACUGUGCAAUGUGGCUCGGAUUGAGGCAGAGCGGGAAGCAGGGAUCCACUUCCGGCCAGGCUAUGAGUAUGGCCCCGGCCCAGAUGAUCUGCCCUACAAUCUCUAUGGCCCAGAUGGGGCCCCUUUCUACAACUACCUGGGCCCAGAGGACACCGUUCCCGAGCCUCCCUUCUCCAACAUGGCCAGUCAGCUGGGAGAUAACACACCGCUCCUUGAACCUCCUUUACAGCCGUCUGAACUUGAGCCCCGUUAUGUGGCCAGCCAUUCAGAACCACUGGCCUCCUUUGAAGGACUUCAGGCCGAGGAAUGUGGCGUCCUGAAUGGCUGUGAGAAUGGCCGCUGUGUGCGUGUGCGGGAGGGCUACACUUGUGACUGCUUUGAAGGCUUCCAGCUGGAUGCGGCCCACAUGGCCUGUGUGGAUGUGAAUGAGUGCGAAGACUUGAACGGGCCUGCGGCACUCUGUGCACACGGUCACUGCGAGAACACAGAGGGCUCCUAUCGCUGCCACUGCUCCCCAGGUUACGUGGCAGAGCCAGGCCCCCCACACUGUGCCGCCAAGGAGUAAACGUGAGGGAUCGCCGUGGGGCAGCUAGCUCUCUGGAAAUGGCUUCCGCCAUAGGCUGGGAACUUAAGAUUGCUUCCCUGGCUGGGCAAACAUCAUGGCUGGGAAGACUGCAGGAUGACAUCAGGCCAGGGCUCUGCAGUCAGGUUGUCAGCCUUGCCUGCUUUUUUUUUUUUUAAUCUCUUCCAGUUUAGCUCUGGCUGUGAGCUUCCCUCACUGCCUCUAUGCCAUUGCCUGGCUCAGACACCACAAAUAUUUUAAUGCUUCAGCCACUGGCCAUGAGACAGAGCCUACCUUCUGUCUGUCCUCAGGGCCUCACUGUAGGACGCUCAUCAGAAGAGUCCUCAUCCACUCCGCUUAGGCUGUGCAGAAAAUGCAGGCACCUCUUUCCAGCUGUGAUCCACACAUCAUCCCGAUGAUUCCGUAACUGGGACAGCAGCUGCCUCUGCCCUGGGAUGGCCCUUCACGAUCUGUGGAGCAAGACAGGGUUUGGAAAAGUUUGGGGGAUAGCUCCACGCCACCUCUCCGAACUACAACCGCCCAGGCAAUCUGGUGUGAGCUCUUUUUGCCACAUCUCCGCCCUGUAGACAGUCUGUGGCCCCAGGAAGAGGACCAGUUUCCCUCAUCUCAGAGGAUGAAGACUAAUACUAACUUGCUGAGUGUAAGAAACACAAAGGAAGAGGAAAAAUGAGCCUGAGAAGCAGCAAGAGAGAAAUGCAAAAGCCAUGGGGAGCUGAUAUGAGAGGAGGAGCCAGGAUUUAUACAGAUUGAAAAACACUGAGUGGCUUUGGGCAAAUUACUCAAAGCCACCAUAUAGCCUCUAUGCACCAGUAGUGAGGGUUGCCGCAAGAUGAGGCACCCAUCUCCAAAGACCUUUAUUAGCUACUCAUGUUCCCUUCGGGAACCAAAUCUCUUCUGGGCUUUUUGUGAAACCCAAAUUGAUGGGCUUGGUCUUGCCAGAGGAAGCUGCGUUUUCAAUGGUGUUGAUCGCCUCUGCUCAGAAGGCCUUGCCCUUGUUCCCUGCAGAAAAAUGAGUGUCUGGAAUCCCUCUAGGAGAAGCACUUCCAGACAAGCUAGCUGGGAGUUCAGGAGCAUGAUGGAAUAAAGGAAUGUUCACCUGGACUCUUCUGUGCUUGUGUUUCUUUCCUGUUGUACCUGUGUGUUGAACCACGUUGGUUCAGUCUAAAGGUGAGAUUAGAAACGAACCUGCAUGUGCUCUCCACUUCCAGUUCCACCAGUCCCCGGUGACCGGGCUCCAGUGUGGGAGGUCCCAUACUAUCCUAAGACAAGGCAGACUCGCUGCAUUUCCCUGACUGGCGGUGAUGUAACAAGGCUGCACGUGACAGAAGACAUGGAGGUGACUGCUACUUCUUAAAUCUAAUCUGCCCUGCUCUGCCUGCUGCUCUGAUCGCCAGCCGCCAUGUAACUUAUUGAAUCCUGCUAUACCUGAGCACUGUAACGAGUGUUGUGCAUAGAUUCCAUUUAAUCAUACAACCAUCUCACUUACUACUUUAUUCCUAUUUACAGGCAAGAAAACUGAGACCCAGGAAGCUUAAAUAAUUUUCUGUAGGCCAUUAUCCAGUUGAUGUAUCCUCAGCAGACCAAAAAACCAGUGAAAGUAUUCUUUUGUUCCUAACAGAAGUGCUACUUACAGUGCAGUGAGAGUUGGGAAUUUAGCUAGUUGGUAGAGUGCUCACCUGGGGUGCAUAAGAUCCUGGGGUUCCCUUCCUAACACAGCAGGGGAAGAGGGAGAAUAGUGAAGAUACUUUUUAAAGGUUGACUAAGAUCAAAGUUUGCUCAGACUGCUGGUGGCAAGCCUUUGCUGAGACACACUCAUGACUCCUGUUGGAAGCGUGUGUUGUACAGCGUCUGAAGAGCACAUUAUGGCAAUGUCUUUCACGGUUAUAACAGGCACAAAGCUAAACCUUUGACCCGAAAAUUCCACUUCUAGAACUUUAACAUUCAGGCAUAUUCUCACCAAAUACGGAAUCACAUACGCGAGAGGUUAUUUAUUAAAGCACUGUUUGUACUAGCAGAAGAUUAGAAACAACUUCUAUGGGAUACUCGAGGAAGAUGAUGGCAAUCUAAACACCCUGUCAAGAAAGAUAUCCCGACAGACUGGGGAAGGGGGCUGUAGAACAGUAUGGAAGAUGUGCUGCUAUUUGUCUAAAGAGGAGUGGACCGCUAGUAACCUCAUCCCCACCACUCCACCUCACACCCAUCCUUCAGAGAACGCCCUACCAUUGCCCAAGCAUGCCCUGAUGGCACUGUGCUCUUGCCCUCAGAGUCGGUCACCCCUUGUAUUCCUGUUCAGCCUUUAGACAUGCUGUGUGCACAUACAAAUAUUGCCUUUUAUUAAAAACAGAAAUAAUACACUGUGCUGUUCUGCACAAUGCGGCCCCCUAACCCCCCACCCCCUGCUUUUCUUUUUCCUUCCUUUGGAACAGAAUUUUACAAGGUAGGCCAGCUAGCCUAGAACCAAUGAUCCUCUGCUUCCUUUGUGCUGGAACUACAGGUGCGUACCACCACAUCCAGCUACAUUCUUUUUUUCUCUACUUGCUCCUACAGAAUUAUCUCACGCUGCCUAGUGUUGUAGCACACACCUAUAAUGCCUACACUCAGAAGGCUGAGGCAAGAGGACUGUGAGAGUUAGGAUAGCCGGAGCUACAAAACAAUGAUCAAUGGUCUCAUUCCAUUUUAUAGCUGCACGCUAUUCUAUGGAAUGGAUAAACCAUAACUUACUCAGCCAGUCCCUCGCUGACAGACAAUCUCGUUGCCUACCUUUGUUCAUAAUGCUGUAACGAGUACUGUUGUACAUGUGUUAUUUCAUAUCUAUGGGAUUAAACUCUUGAAAACAAGAUGGUUUAUGGGAGAGUGACAGGGUGGAUAAAUAAAAUACUGAGAUUUUUUUCAUUGUAUCGCCCCCUUUUUAAAUUUGUAGAUGUAUUACCCACUCAAGAAAAAUAAAAUAUUUUUAAAUACA